AUGGCAAGCCUCAGUGCCGCUGGCAAUCAACUCGAGCAAUUGAUCAACGCGUGUAAUGACGACCCAAAAACACUGCAAAACGCCUAUGAGACCCAUAGAACCAACAGAAAUGCCGUCUUCAGUGACCAAAUCAGCCAGCCAGGAUUCUGCGAUUGGAAAGAGGACCCUAUCUUGAACCAAGUGCUCGAAGCAGAGAAAGGCCUAACGAACUACGUCGAUCCACGAAACAACCUCGCCUUUUGGGCCCGUCCGCCCCAGCAUGUGCGAGAAUUGGUGUCCAAGAUUCAGCAGCAGCUGAGAACGUUGACCGGACCCGGUCUGUGGCUCGUUCCAACCGAGAACCUACACAUGACGACAUUGGAGAUUUGUCCCGCGAAGAAGAGCAGCGAGAUCACCGAAUUGAUUGACAAGGUCAAUCUAACAGAGUGGCAGGAUCUGGCCAACUACACCCUCAAGCACCGUACUCGGCUGGUUAAGCCGAUCAUAAGCUACGAUACUUCCGCCAUCGCGCUGAGCUUUGUGCCCGCAGCUGGCGAAGAUGACACUGCUGCGUAUAGUGGAAAGAAUGACGGGUAUACCUAUCACCACUUGCGUCGGGAUCUCUACAACAAGGUGACUAUGAAUGGCGUCCCUAUCGCCGCUAGGUAUACAGUGCCUUCGGCACACAUCACGAUUGCUCGCGUUGUGAAACCAGCCAUGGCCACGGAGAGAGCAUUGGGCUCCCCGACACUAACCGGCAAGGAGGCCGGGCAGCUGGUUGCUCAAAUUGAGGAUCUCAAUGGUGAACUCCGCUCGAAUGUGUGGAGACGAUUGGGAGACCCAUCCCAGGGCGAGUGGGUGAUUGGCCAUGAGAAGGGAUUGGAACUUAUUUGGGGCACAACCUGGUAUGGGAAAGGAGAACGAGUUGUUCUCGGAGAAGGCUUUACAUAG